GGGAAAAGCUUGAAAAUCUCUAAUAUUCCAUAGGAGGAGGAGGAGGAGGCGGCAGCCGGUGAGAGCUACAAAGGACCCGGCGGCCCGAGCUCGCCCAGCGCCGGCUCGCUCCGAAAAGGGCCAGGCAGGCAGGCUCGCCGCGCACUGCCAGUGCACGGAGCCCGGAGCGCCGAGGGGGGCAUCGCACGUCUUCUGCUGCGCGCAAGGAGGAAGGAAGAGCUAUGUCCCGGCUGUCUUUAACACGGUCUCCAGUUUCUCCCCUGGCUGCCCAAGGAAUUCCUCUCCCAGCUCAGCUGACCAAAUCCAAUGCUCCUGUGCACAUUGAUGUAGGCGGACACAUGUAUACCAGCAGCUUGGCAACAUUAACAAAGUACCCAGAUUCCAGAAUAAGCCGUCUAUUUAAUGGCACAGAACCUAUUGUCUUGGACAGUUUAAAACAACACUAUUUCAUUGAUCGGGACGGUGAAAUUUUCAGAUACAUAUUAAGCUUCUUAAGGACAUCAAAAUUGCUGCUCCCAGAAGAUUUUAAGGACUUUAAUCUUUUAUAUGAAGAAGCCAAGUACUACCAGCUGCAGCCGAUGAUCAAGGAGCUGGAGCGGUGGAAACAAGAGAAGGAACAAAGGAAGCAUUUUCAGCCGUGUGACUGCUUGGUUGUAAGGGUGACACCGGAUCUUGGGGAGAGGAUCGCACUGAGCGGGGAGAAAGCGCUCAUUGAAGAGAUCUUCCCGGAGACGGGCGACGUGAUGUGCAAUUCCGUCAAUGCUGGCUGGAACCAGGACCCCACCCACGUCAUUAGGUUUCCUUUGAAUGGAUACUGUCGAUUGAAUUCCGUGCAGGUACUUGAGCGGUUAUUCCAGAAGGGAUUUAACGUGGCAGCGUCCUGUGGUGGUGGUGUGGAUUCGUCUCAGUUCAGUGAAUAUGUGUUAUGUCGUGAGGACAGAAGACCACAGCCCAACACCGCAAUCAGGAUAAAGCAGGAACCCCUGGACUAAGGAUCCAGUCCUUUCUCCUCCUUUGUAAAAGUAGAAGUGUCAAAUAGUCCCUCGUGUGGAGAAAAAACAAAAACACUCAAGGAUUUGCAAAACAGUAUUAUGCAGGUGACUUUGGUGUUACCCAUUAGUGGUAUUUUGGAAACUACCUGUCACAUCGCCAGCCAUGAACUGCAUUUGAAAACAAAAACACAGACGCACAGACAAAAAUUCAGUUUCUUUUAUUAAUAAAUUACUGAGCAUGCUCCGCACUCAGAACUGUUUGUGGGACAGAACUCUCGGCAGAAUGGCCACAGUGUGGACAAGAGGCAAUGCUUCAGUGAAGAACAGGCAUUGGCUGGAUUUGUGCAGAGACCAAUUGUGUCAUUUGAAUAUGUCUGUUGAAGGAAUACAUCUGCCAGCUCUCUGGAGGUCAGGCCUCCUCCCCUCUUGGUGGCAUUAAGGACAUGGUCGCCACCUAAAGGAAGACGGUGCUGUGUUGAGUGUCUCCCCUCUCAUGGAAUGCCACACCUUCGUCUGAUAAGAUAUACUUUUACACCUCCAUUGCUUUAC